CACACAUGUGCUCGCUGCUCUGACUUCUGGGUUUUGUAGGGAUGUUCCAGCUAGCUUUAGCCUUGCUAACUCAGGCACUGCUGGUGACAAAACCGGAGCACCGGGAAGCUCAGCACAGGUUAAGGAGCACUCACCUACUGCCUUGAGCAGGUUUGGCAGCCUCUGCAGCACUUGACACUGCCUUGGCUGGAUGCAAACCAGCACAGAAGGGAAGCUGAGGUACACCAAUGCUAUUCUGUUCCUGCAGGCAGAGCUCCCUGUGGUUUCGAGAUAUAGAUCCCCUCAGCCACUGCUCAAAGCAUCACACAGGUAAAACAAUGAACGUUGGGGUUCUCUGAAGAGAUUUUGGUGAACGGAGAGCUUCAAAUGAAAUACCCGGAGGUGAGGAAGGCAUCUGAAAAACAGGGUCAGUAUGGGAACAUUCGGGGCAGGAUCAGGAGACAUUAAGCAAUAUUCAAAAGCUCUCCAGGGCAGGGACUGCCAUUGUUCUGCCUCUUGCGUAGGGCUGGACAAGCUGUCAGCACUCCCAUAUCUCUGAGCACUGCUCCUUUAUCCAGGAGGGCAGCACAGAACAAUUUUGUGUCCAGAAAGGAAGACAACAUGCUUCUGACUAGGAAGAGCCAGGAGCAAAUGCAGGAGGCAGAGCCUAGUGCAUGCCAGCUCAAGCCCAUACGUGGCGCAGCCAACCAAGAAGACAAGGAGGAAAUGCUGGGAGUUUCCUUCUGCUAGAGUUGCCCACAGGAGUUUGUCCGCCUGUUAGUGGGAGGAGGAAUAGACUGGCUCGUCCAGUGGCCAUGAAGAAAGCCUUCUGAGGGAGUUUCCACAAAACAGGAGGAGGCAAGUCACACUGAUCCCAGAGUGGGGAAAGCCGGGUUGGUAUGCUGUGUCUUCUGCAAUGAGGGAAAAUGUGGGAAGAUGGCUUGAGAGAGUACCUGGAGCAGUCCAGGAUAUCAAACACCACCCAUGCAGGAACAAGUGACAAACAGACUUAAAGGAUGGAGCAGGAAGUGGCGAGAGAGGAGGAAGAGAGAAAAGAAGGCUUGAUCGAGUUUUAUGAUUCCUUCAAGGAUAUGUUUGAGUUCUUCUGCAAGAACACCACAAUCCAUGGCACCAUCCGCCUCGUGUGCUCAGACAGCAACAAGAUGAAAACAGCUUUUUGGACUCUGCUUUUACUCGCCAGCUUCGGCAUGUUGUACUGGCAAUUUGCACUUAUGUUCAGCCAGUACUGGGCCUACCCGGUUGUCCUGACCAUGUCCAUGCAUUCAGAGCCCAAGAUGUUUCCAGCAAUCACUAUCUGCAAUCUGGACCCAUACAGAUUUGAACUGGUCAGUGAACACUUGGUUCAGCUGGAUCGCAUGGCAGAGGAAUCUAUUGCUUUUCUAUAUGGCAUCAACACAACAGCCAGCAUGUUCCGCAUGAAUGAGAAAAACAUCCGCAUGAGAGACUUGUCAAGCACAGGCAACCUCAGCAGAUCCAGCUUCAAACUGAGCCAAAACUUCUCACUACUGAGAACAUCUGAGCUCAACAAUAAGACAGGAAAGAGGCAGUCCCAUGUGGGCUUCAGGCUGUGCAAUGCCACAGGUGGGAACUGCUUUUACAAGGCCUACUCAUCUGGGAUGGAUGCAAUUCUUGAAUGGUACAGGUUUCACUACAUCAAUAUCAUGUCCCAGCUGCCGGUUAUAAUCAACAUCUCUGAUCACGAGGAACAAAUAGAAGAUAUGGUCUACUCCUGCCAGUAUGAUGGGGAGCCCUGCAGGCCCAGUGACUAUGUUCACUUUCACCACCCAGUCUUUGGAAGCUGCUAUACUUUUAACAGCAAGGGAACGGACUCCUUUUGGACAGCAACAAAACCAGGAAUUCCUUAUGGACUUUCCCUUAUCCUGAGAGCAGAGCAGAAGGAUCACAUCCCACUCCUGUCUACAGUAGCAGGUGUGAAAGUGAUGAUACACAACCACAAUCAGACACCAUUCCUUGAGCAUGAAGGCUUUGACAUCAGACCGGGCAUUGCAACCAUCAUAGGCAUUCAGCAGGAUGAGGUGAAUCGCCUGGGUGGCAAUUAUGGGAAAUGCACGACUGAUGGCAGUGAUGUGAAUGUUAAACUCCUGUACAACAACUCCUACACCCUGCAGGCUUGUCUGCAUUCCUGCUUUCAGCACAUAAUGGUUCGAAAAUGUGGCUGUGGCUAUUACUACUACCCACUGCCUCCUGGUGCUGAGUACUGUAACUACAACAAGCAACCUGCGUGGGGUCACUGCUUUUACCAGCUUUACAACAGGCUCAGAAAUCAUCACCUGAAUUGUUUUGACCAGUGCCCCAAGCCUUGCCGGGAAUCACUGUACAAGGUGUCUGCUGGGACAGCUAAAUGGCCAUCAGCAAAGUCUCAGGACUGGGUCCGCCAAGCUCUAAGGCAUCAGAAUGGAUAUAACUCUACUAGCAACAGGAAGGACAUCGCCAAGGUGACAAUCUUCUACAAGCAUCUCUACUAUCAGUCUGUGAACGAGUCUCCUUUACUCUCAGAUAAUUUGCUUCUGUCCAGCAUGGGAAGCCAAUGGAGUCUCUGGUUUGGAUCCUCAGUGUUGUCUGUAGUGGAAAUGUUCGAGCUGCUCAUAGAUACACUGGUCUUGUCUCUCCUCUUCUGCUACCAGAGGGUCAGGUCAAGGAAGACGUUAGAAGUAGCUCGCACUCCUUCCAUCCCUAACAUGAGCUUGACCCUAGAAAACUACCGUGUUGUGCAAGAAGAAGCUGGAAAAGGGGCUGAUUCUGCUCAUACUCACCCUUCUGGAGUGACUAUUGCCAUGGACAGCAACAGUGACCUGCAUCUUCACCCACUCUCCGGCAAGGUGGAAAUGCCAGAGAGCCACCCAGAUGUGGUGCUUAAUGGAUUUAGAUAUAUGAAGGACAGCUCUUUGGAAACGGAGCUAAAUCACUAAGGCUUGUGUGCCCAGAGGAGUGGGAGACGUGGAGCUCCCCCAGUGCUUGGGUGUCAUCAGAAAGGCUGCAAACAGAAAUGCUCUGGAUCCACCAUCUGUGAGCACCUAAACACCACACUGGGAGCUUAGGAAUCCUCCAGCUGCUACGGGUUCGUUAUUAAACCAUCCCUGUGUCCUGGAUACGGGCAUCAUGCGAUGUUCUUUUGUUCUUAAUAGUAUCUGGGGAGGGGAGAACUCUACUUCUGCUCUCUGGGCAGUCGUCCUGUCCUCGUAAAAGCCUGUUCAUAGCUUCUAACUUUUAAACCCUUAUGAGGAAAUCAGCCUGUGGCAUUAGACAGGCCCAUCUGCAUUUCACAAAUAUACUCAAGAGAAAAGUCAGCCUGCCUUCUAAUGGAGAGAUUUCCAGUGGAGGCAAAUGAAUGUGCACUCUUAUCAGCCAGCAGUGCCUUGAGGAUGGCAGAGGAUGCAGUAAAAAGAGCCUGCUCUGAUCACAGCUUUGCACUCAAGACACCUCUAUCCUUGUCCUACUGCUGUUGCAUCUUGAGCACCAUGCACAGAAUGCUUUUAGACUGAGCCCAGAUUAUUUCAAGCGAGACUCACUGUCUUAGAGGAGAGGAAUUAGAAGAAACGGGGUCGAUGACUUUUUUCUGUCACAGAAGAAGCAUCUGAAUUAUUUAGAAGAUCAAAACAAUGCUGCAUUUUUACUGCAGCCAAUUUAUAAACAGAGCUGUUUUAAUGUUAAUAUUUGACAGUAACUUAUGUGUACAUAAAAUAACAUAUUUAUUUUUGAUGAUGACAUUUGCACAGAAGCAUUUUAGUCUGUUAUAAUCUUGUUGUGACUUUCUGCAGAAGACAAUAAUUGACAAGAAAUCAACGAGCUUUGUUUUGUAACCUUUUUUUUUACAUAAUAAAGUGUUCUGAAUACAAACC